AUGGACAAGUGGAGGAGCAUCCCGUUAUCAAAAGAAGAGGAAGAAGGAGUGGUUGUGGAGGAAGAAGAGAUUUGCGAAGAGGAAUCCUUUCAGAGAACUUUAGCUGCUAAAUUAUGGACUGAAAGUAGUUUCAACGCCAGAGCUUUCAAGAGUACGAUGAUAAAUGCGUGGAAACUCAAGAAUCAGGUGGAGACUCAAAAUUUGGGGAAAAACCUAUUCUUGUUCAAGUUUGCUACAAAAAGGGAUAUGGAGUACAUUCUCAGAAAUGGGCCCUGGAGUUUCGACAGAUCUCUACUGGUUCUAAAUCGCAUCUCCGGAGACGAACAACCGUCGGAUCUGAAUAUGCACUUUGCUUCCUUCUGGGUGAGGAUUUACGAACUCCCCUUAAACCUAAGAUCGGACUCUAUGGCAAAGAAGAUAGGGAGCGUUUUGGGAAACUUUGAAGAGAUGGAUAAUAGAGAAGUCUGUAGAAAUGGUAGGUUUUUACGUAUUAAGGUAAAGCUGGAUCUACGAGCGCCAUUAAAAAGAGGAACGAUGGUGAAAGUCAAGGAGAAGAACCUAAGAGUCCAUUUUAAGUAUGAAAGACUACCUUUGUUUUGCUAUGUCUGUGGCAGACUAGGGCAUCAAAUAAAAGAUUGUGAGACCGUUGAGGAUCUCUCUGAAGAAGGUUUUGAGGAACUUGAAGAACAGGAUCUAUCGUAUGGACAGUGGCUUCGAGCAUCUCCCCUACCAAAAGCAAGUGAAGAUCAGAAAAAGAGAGAUUCAAGCUCAGGUACAUGUACUAGAAGUUUGUUCCAAGCUUCAUCAGGACAUAGCAGGUGUGAAGCUAAAUCGAAGGAGCAGAUAGAGGAAGCAGAAGUACAACAAAAUCAAGGUGCCAAGGAGGUUGGGGCAGAAAGAGAGGAUGGAACUGGGAGCGCAAUGGCAUCAAAACAGAAGGCGGUCGAGAUUGAUAAAGUGGUGGAAUCGUUUGGGGUUGUGGACUUAUCUAUUGAAGGAGUAGGGGAAGGCAAUCAAUCCAAAGGCUCUUCGGUGCAAAAAAGGAAGUGGGUCAGAAAGAAACCUUCAAGGAAAGGAACUAGUCCUCAAAACAAAUCCAAAAUUCUGGAGACUAGCAAAAGUCAACUGGUAGAGGUAAUGAUAACUGAAGGCACAAUUGACGCUUGUGGUAGUGGAGAUAAGAAGAGGAAACAGGAGUCGAAGGAAGAAGGAAUCAAGCAAACAGUACCAGAGGUGGUGUUGGAAACCCAACACCGCCUACACCAAUGA